CUACGGGCAGAUGUAAACUGCAGUGGAUCUAGUGCUUUAAUCUUCUCUAGUCCAUGUUAUAAAUUUUUGUAGGGUGCAAAGUGUGGCGAAUAAUAAAAUCAGGUAGCAGCCCGUAGCAGGGUCACUCAUGGAAAACUGCGAACGAAUAAGGGCUCCCUGGUUUGUCAGGAACAACCACAUUCUUCGGGAGGCCAACAUUCCGAAGUUAAAGCUAUUUCUGCACGAAACUGCACUUCGCUCCUUCAAGAAAGCUGCACGACACCCCAACCUUUGGUCCGAGAAACCGUCGACUAUGAGUUCGACGAGGAAGCUUCACGAAAACGCAAGCGACCGCACAGGGCGCAGCUUGGCGACAAAAUUGGUGUGUGAUCUGAUCCCACUCGCUGCUCCUACCGACCAGCUAACCCCGACCUUCCCGAAAAGAUCCUUACACCGGCCACUAGAGGAGGACUGUAAAAGUAUUACCUAUUAUGGGGGCAACCUCCUAGGCGAAUCAAUAGCUCAAGCGAACUGCAGUCGCAUAGCACCUAUGUGACCACUCAGAAGUCAAGACCCAGGUGAAGAAGACAAACUUUUGAUACCUGAGCAAAAGGUGGAAAGGUUUUAGGCUGUUAAGCAAUUUAUUGCAAUCCCCCAGUAUCCCCUGUCGAGAACCAACACGGUGGUCUACCCAAGGCAUUUCUCCUCCCCACAAAAAAAUAAAUACCAGUUUCUCUUCUGCCUGAAGGUGGUACUGUGUA